AUGUCGUUAAAGCAGCAGGAGAUCGAGACCUGGGUCCAGGCGCUGGCUCACUACGAUAACAACGAGUUCGAGGACGCCAUCGCCGUCUUUGGUGGGAUUGCAGACACCUCCAAGAUCCUCUUCAACUGCGGCGUCAUCUACGCUACGCUGGGCGAGCAUGCCAAAGCAGUGGACUGCUACCAGAGGGCCAUCGCCCUGGACAAGUACCUCGCCAUAGCGUACUUCCAGCAGGGAGUAUCGAACUUCCUCAUCGGUGACUUCGAAGAGGCCCUCGCCAACUUCAACGACACGCUGCUGUACCUGCGAGGCAAUACGACGAUCGACUACGAGCAGCUCGGCCUCAAAUACAAGCUCUACUCGUGCGAGGUCCUCUUCAACCGCGGGCUGUGUUAUAUCUACUUGCAGGAAAUCGAGUCGGGCAUGAACGAUCUGACCUACGCUGCUAAGGAAAAAGCAAAGCCAGACCACGAUGUCAUCGACGAAGCCAUUGCUGAGACAGCCGAGGGAUAUACGGUGUUUUCUAUACCGGUGGGCGUGAUAUAUCGCCCAAGCGAGGCCAAAGUCAAGAAUCUCAAGACCAAGGAGUAUCUCGGCAAGGCGAGACUGGUGGCUGCUUCUGAUAGGGCCAACACCUUCACUGGCUUCCAGGGUCAUGAGACCAAGAUACCCGUCUUCGAAAGUUCUCGAGAUGACCGGCCGCCAGAGAACAUCUCGUAUGGUGCUACCAAUCUCGUGCAGAAGAACCUUGCAGCCAGGAGCAGACAGCAGUCUGAGCCGCCUAUCAGCCGCAAUGCUUUCCCUCCAACACCACCGCCAGACGAGAAGGCUUCCUCCCUUGCACCUAGCAAUGGGUCUACCGGUAGCUUGACCCGCAAACAGUCACUGACCAGGGCAACUCGACCACCUGUUCUCGAGCUAGGAAGGGCAUCCUCUGAACAGACACAGUCCAUUGGAGGAUCUACAGCUGUAGAUUCACAACAACCAAAGCUCCAACAGGAAAAACCCCGGGUUGGCACUGUCCGAACUGCCUCUGAGCCACGCGGGCCAGCCUCGAGACUCUCGGCUAUACGCUACGGGCCUCCUCCAAAUGGAAAGCUGCUCUUCCGCGAGACCACCGGCCAGCAUCGACGGCCCAUGUCCAACAUCUCCCCCUUGUCAGAGGAACCACAGGCUUACUAUACCAUGUACGCCCCCGGACUGGGACCAGGCUACACCGCCGAAAACGGCCACACUCGACUUCCCGAAUACAUCAACGAAGAAGGCUACGAAUCCGAGCCCCUCGACGACGAUGCAGGAGAAUGCAUCCAGUUCGAAAUGGUUGGCAGCCGCCCACCCCAACACCAGCUCUCCAGCCGCCACCGGCAUUCUUCCCGCCGUCCCGAAAUCAAAAAGAUCCGCGUCAAGGUCCAUGCCGACUCGGAUACGCGCUUCAUCAUGAUCACGCCCACCACGGAAUAUGCCGAGUUCGAAAACAAGAUCCGUGAAAAGUUCGGGUUCACGGGUAACCUGAAGAUUAAAAUGCAAGAUGACGGGGAUAUGGUCACCCUUGCGGACCAGGAUGAUCUCGACAUGCUCGUUGCUGCGGCCAAGCAGGUCGCUCGAAAGGAGAAUAAUGAUAUGGGCAAGACGGAGGUCUGGGUUGCCGAAAUACUUGCAUGA